AUGUUAUAAAUCACACGCAUAGAAAACAACAACACACAAUGUCGAUGAAAAAUGCGACUUCAUUGAUUAGUCUCGGAGAAGCGCAAACAGAUGUUUGGGUUUGCCAGAUCAUCGCAGCAGAAGGUGUCUUGGGUUUCCUAGGAAACCUCUUGGUUUGCUUCGUCGUUCUGCGCGUCAGGUUUCUCCACACCAUGACGAACUAUCUCCUGGUGAAUUUAGCUGUGGCCGAUAUGCUGCUAUGUCUCUGCACCUUUUUCCAUUACCUUUUUGCGUCUAGCAGGUGUACUCUUAUCAACAUGGUUCCAUCAAGCUCUCUUGGGAGGGAACUGUACUGCCGGCUUGUGGCGUCCCAGUCACUGAUCUGGGUGUUUUUCAACGCGUCCGCUUACAACCUGUGCGUGGUGACGCUGGAAAGAUACAUAGCUAUUGUACAUCCACUCAAAUAUGCCAGGAAAGUCACAGCUACAAGGAUGAAGACACUCGUGACUCUGCUCUGGAUGCUUUCUGUCCUGUUGGCUCUGCCUUUUCUAUUCACAAUCGAAGCCAGCGAUGAUCUCGACAAAGCCUGUUCUGACAUCGAGUACCCCAAUCAAGCAUUCCCCAUUUUGCUUAGUGUGGUAUUGGUUUCAUUCACCUACAUUCUGCCCGUCAUAAUGAUGAGUUGGGCGUACUACAAAAUGCAGGUUACUCUCAAAAGACAAGCACAAGCUCUGAACCUACAAUGCGCGAGGGCAGCAGCGGUUGAUCUCGUGAUUGCUAGACAGCAUGUCAUCAGCAUGCUUACGAUAGUCCUGGGUGCUCUCAUUAUUCUCUGGACACCGGAUAAUGUCUGCGUUAUUUUAUGCUUGUAUCCAACAAGCGACAGCACACUUAAUUUCUGUGGUUCAGAGAGUUUCAAGUACAUCAGUGGCAUAACCAGUUUUCUGAUAUACCUUAACUCGGUGGUUAACCCCAUCAUCUACGAGCUGAAGUACAAGAAAUUCCGGAAGGGUUUGAGGGCGGUUUUCUGCACUUGUUUGGACGAGCACGGCGGCAGUAACAGCGUGGAUGCCGAGAUUGCUCGACGCUGA